GCAUUUUUUUUUCCAUUUAAACAAAUGUGAAAUUUAUCAAAAAACAAGAAAUAAAACAACAAAUUAAAAAAAAAUGCAUCUAAUUAAUCACUAUAUUCUACUAUCAACAUUACUCGCAUUCUACACAUCAAAUGCAUACAAAUUUGUUCGCCCCCAAGACUAUCUCUGCGCUGACAAAUUUAUCCUCACUUUACAAAAACCCUUCAAAGGUGAUCCUCUCGUCGCUCUCGGCGACGAUCGUGAAUCUGCUGCAAUAAUAACUCAAGUUUGGAAUUCCACAUCGCAUCGCAAACUAAAAUACGAUUGUCGUUUUCGAAUUGUCACCAAAGAACGACAGCGACGUGGUUUGUAUACUGUCAUUACUAAACUCAAAUUCCGCAGGGAUCCAAAAACCGAUGCUUGCACCGAUUACAUUCAAUUUACAAAUGGCUAUCGUUGGCCAUCGGAAAAGAUUUGCAAUGACAUUAGUCCCGACGGGCCAGCUGGUCGAUUAAUAUUCGACGAGCGUGAGUCCGAUGUAAGUGUUCACGUUUACAUCAAUCAAAGUCAACCAAUUUAUGAACCACUCGAAUUGAGUAUGGUUAUAACUUCGCAUUCGGAAUGCAAAUAUACUGGAGACUUUUUAUGCGAUCCAAAGAAUCCACAUUCUUGCAUUUCUCGUCACUUUGUUCGUGACAAUAUCACAAAUUGCAUGUAUCCUUGCAAAGAUGAAAAUAGUUGCUUCCAUGAUGCGAUUACAGCGGAAGUUAUUGAUACAGCCAAUGUGGCGAUUAGUGCAAUAACUUCGUUGAUAUUCACUAUGACUGGAGUUGGUUUUUGUAUUUGGGUGUGUUGGAAGUAUUGGAAUUGUAUAACAUUGCAACAGCAGCAGGCGCAUGAGGAUUCGCAGAGUAAUCAUCCUAGGGACGUUCCCACAAUCGAACUGCCCCAAACUCCAUUCGAAGGAUUCAUCACACCCGUCGAGGAUCCUGAUCAUCCGCUGCCCCCAACGCCAAAGGAUCUACCGCCAAGUUACGAAUCUCUGUUUCCUGAUAGAUAAAACUGCCUAAUUUUUUCGAUGUUUGCCAAAACCAAAAUUCUCCUAUCAAUCUGCCCACAGACUCAGACAAGAGUGUUUUAAGUCGCUCGCUGUGUUUGUUGAGAUUAUUUUUUUUUCUUUUUUGUUUUUAACUAGUUGUUUUUAAUUUCCUAAUAUCUUUUAUAAUAUAAUUGUAUAUAGCAAUCUCAUAGGUUUUUACACAAGUACGUAUAUAUUUAUUAAUUUUCCUUUUUUUCAGUAACGAAAAAUAUCUAUAUACCUAUAACCUUUUUAUAUCGAGUGGAAGGUUUUUAUGUACAAAAAAAAAAAAUAAAUAAUUAACUACUCUAAUACUCUUUUUGAACUUGUCUUGAAUUUUAAAGAGCCCAGCUUUUAUGUCUGAUUUAAAUAAAUUUAAACAAAAGAAAUGUUAUGCAACAAAAUAAAAAAAUAACUAAAAAAAAACACAAACACACAAAAAAAAACCUAAGCUUAGAUAGAUUAAUAGGAAAAAUAUUAUUAGUAUUAAUAAAUUGCUUGAACGUACGUAUUAUUUUUGUAUACCUGCUACAUUUUUUGUUAUUUAUGUAACUAUGUGUUUGUUUGGUCUUGUGCGUUUGUAUUGUAAUAAAAUAACUGUAGUAAACUCAAAUAAUGUAUGCAUUAUUGCAACAUUCAACCCAAUAAAAGACUCGAUUUGUUUGAUUUUUGUUUUAUUUUAAUUUGUAGAAAACAAUUAAAAUUGUAAUUUUAAAAAUAAAGAAAACAAAAAAAAAUUCUUAAAUAAAUAUUUAAGAAAACAAACUGAAAUUAUUAAGUGUCAAUUUUAAAAAUAAGAUGUAUAUGUAUCUCCAAAUUAAAAAAAAAUACAUUCGUACCUAUCUGUUCUUAGUUAAUAAAAUUGGAUAAUUUCU